UCGUGCAAAAUCAAUCUGUUAAUAUGGUUGAAAUGAAUGGACAGCACAAAUCGUCAAUUUUGUCACGAAAAGGGCGGAAAAUUCCGCAUGCGGUUGAAUUUGCGGAUCCUAUUCAGCAAUCAUUUUCACCAAGUACAAGUAGCAUAGAUGAAACGACAAGUAGCUGGACAGCAGAUGAAGGACAACUGAUUGAAGAUGACAUUCCAUCUGUUAGCGCAAAAUAUCCACAAUGGAAUGAGAAAUUUCCAAAUUUUCCAUCAAAUAAUACUUAUGUUAUGGAAAUAAUCAUUGGAAGUGUUCGUAUUAGUGAACUUUCAAAAUUGAUCGAUCCUUUAUACAAUAAUCAAUUCAUCAGUAUAGAAUGGAAAUUUUUGGAUUUUUCAUCGGACGAAUGUGAAACCAUCGGUGAACCAUUGUCACUUCCACGUGACACACAAACAACAGCUGAUUUUAACUUCCACAAAUUAUAUACGUUGAAUGAUCGACAAUAUCGCUUAUUGCGCCAAUGGAUUGAACAUGGGAAUAGAUUGGAAGUAAGUUUGGUAAGUACUGGGAAUAAUUUGAAAUCAAGUGAAGAUUUAGGCGUGGCAUACGUUGAAUUAGGUGCGCAACAUAAUGCAGAAAAGCAAUUGAUACGAUUUAUUGACAUAGAUGACGCUGAGAUCGCAAAUGUUGACAUAAGCAUAUCAUACAGUAAACAUUUACUGGAACAACUUCAAGAUAUUGGAAAAGUUUUGGAAAAUGUUUUGGAAAAUGAAUAA